AUACAUUGGGGGCUGGGAAAGGAUGACGUCGUGGUUUAAACUUUGGUACAAUGUCCUCCAUGUUGUGUAAGAGUGGAACAGCGAGAGACGGCGUUAUAACGGGAAACAGAAACCAUGUGAAUGUGUUUGGUGGAAUUUACGCGCGCGCACAAUCUGGAAAUGACUCGGUUACUCGGAAACCUUUAGCGAGGUGAAGUGUUAGUUAGUGUUAGUGUGGAGUCGGAGCUCGGUUCUGUCUGAUGCACUGAUGGGAAGGCGCGCAUCCGGUGCUGCGGGUCCGAGCGCUUUAAACACCGUGUGCGCGCAACAACCGAAACACCGUGCGCGCGCGCCUUCUGCCCCCUUACCAGUGAAACUGUGAGGAUGAGGAUGAUGAUGAAAGCCAGGAUUGCGAUGAUGAAGAAUAUGGUGAUGAUGGUGAAGCCCAGAGUGGGGCGCGUGCUCCUUGCCACAUGCGCCGGAUCUUUUUUUAUUCUCAUUUUAUAUUUCCAGAACAGCGCGAGAGCCGAACACCUUUUGGGAAAAACCGGUUUCCCAGGAAAACCAUGGAGAACCCCCCUGCAGACUCUGUUUGAGGGAGACCAGUGGGAUCAUGCUGCUGUUGGGACGAUGCUGCAGACUCGCCGCUCAUUCCUGGAUGAAGCAUGUCGCUCUUACACGCGUAAGCGUCGUGUCCUGAGCCCUGAGGAUCUGCGCCACCUGCUGGUGGACGACCGACAUGGCCUGCUUUAUUGCUACGUUCCCAAGGUGGCUUGCACCAACUGGAAGCGAAUGCUGAUGGUCCUGACGGGUGACGGACACUACCGCAAUCCUCUCGCCAUCCCUGCUCACGAGGCCCAUGCUCCAGGCCGGCUUCGCUCGCUCUCUGAGUACUCCAAAGCUGAGAUUAACCACCGUUUGCGUACGUACCUGAAGUUCAUAUUCGUGCGAGAUCCUUUCGAAAGACUCGUCUCUGCAUAUCGCAACAAAUUCACACUGAGCUACAACACCGCCUUCCACAAGCGCUACGGCACAAAGAUAGUGCAGCGUCACCGCGCUAACCCUCGGCCUGAGGCGCUGGAGAAUGGCAGCGACGUCUCGUUUGAGGAGUUUGUGUACUACCUGGUGGACCCGCGGACUCAGCGGGAGGAGCCAUUUAAUGAGCACUGGGAGAGAGCACAUGCACUCUGCCACCCCUGCCUCAUUCAUUAUGAUGUGGUGGGAAAAUACGAGAGCCUGGCUCAGGACUCACGCUACGUGCUAAAGAUAGCUGGGGCAGAAGGAGAAGUGGAGUUUCCAGCUUCGUCUAAAAGCACGAGGACCACUGAGAGCAUGGCGGCCAAAUUCUUCAAAAACAUCAGCCCCUUUUACCAGAAGAAGCUCUACAAUCUGUACCGUAUGGACUUCCUGCUCUUUAACUACUCAACGCCAAACUACCUGAAAUUCAGAUGAGACGAGUGAAUUUUAAACACCGUGUGGCUCUGCUGCUAGCGGCUCUCAGAGACUGUUGGAGAACUGAUUACUCCUGGCGUCCUGCAUGUCUUCCCAAAAUGCCUCAGUAAUUCCUUUGGCUGUAUUCGGUGCCAGCUGAACUCCCGCAAAGUGCCUUUGUUCUCUAAGUGUUCACUAACUGGAGCAGGAAUCUUCAUUAGCAACUGAGAGACAGAUUUUCACAUUAAUCUCCUGCUCACUUUUCAAAAAACAAAAAAGUAUAUAUUUAUGUUUUUAUGUAUUUAUUGUAAACGUUGUACAUUGAACUGAAUGUUUGUACUCGGAGCUGUGAAUCUAUUGCUGUUUUUACCUCAGCGCCUCCUAAAGCCAGAGCUGUGAUUCACAACCACAAGCAGCUUUUACCUCCUGAACCAGGAGAACCUCUGACCUGCCUGAUCUAACUCCGAGUUGUUUUAGUGGCACUUAGCAUUUACAUUUAAUGCAGGAACAAACUCUGAAUGUGGGCUGGAGCUCAGGGUAGACUGGGAGCUUGGACUGAUCUUUCUACCAAAAUUCAUUAAUUUAUUAAAAAUCUGUUAAACUUCCCAGAUACUUUAUUCUUUAGUACUGCGUGUAAAUAUCUUCAGGCCUUCAGUUCCAGCUGGAAAUACAACCAAAAUCUUCCUCAGCACAAGAGAAAUAUUUCAUUCUCUAUACUGUUACUUUACUUCAUCUCUGUGUUACUGGAAAUGACUCCAUUACAACUCCAGUAUUAAUUCUAUUACAACUCUAAUCUCCAUUACAGCCUUUAUUUGUUUUACAUAUUACAUUUUGGAUGAUUUCUGCAGUAAUGAUGAGCUGUGAACGAUAUCAGCUGGGUUCAGACAUGGUGGUGUUGGAGGUGAAGACACAGUGAGUGGGUUUCAUUAGUUUAUUGAUUAUUGAUUGAUUGAUCAGUGUGUCUUUACUCUCAUCACUUCAGCUUUAUGAAAUGAAUCAUAAAUUAAUAAAUGAAUUACUACACAGAAACAUCCACAUGUAAAACACUUGGAAGUCAUUUACACACACAGCAUACCAUCAAUAUACAGCU